UCAUUUUCUGUGCUGAAAUCUUUGUUGCGAUACCGUUUUUGUGGUGGAAACAUAAGCGAAAACCAACAAGAUGCUGCGCUCAAGCUUCAUCAAGGCUUCUCCCGUCCUGCCCCGUCUGCAGCGCUGCCUCGCGACAGUGCAGACGCCAAAACCGGCGCCCAAGAGGCAAGGGGAUAUUUCGGAUUCCUUUGUCUCGCUGUCGGGCGCGGAGCAGGCGCCGCUGCCGGAUCGCUUCAGACAGCUCAAGUUGGAGCUGGUCAGGGGUCGUGAGAAGGAGAUUGCAGCAAGCUGGACGAGGCUUCUGCGGACACUGCAGCGAGAAAACGAGGUUAUUGCAAAAAAGGGCCCUGCAGUCAUUCCCCAAGUAGAAUUUUCUGACCUGGACAAUGGGUUGAAUAAUGAACUCAAGCAGGAGAUCAAGAAGAGGGGAGUCGUGGUCGUACAUGGUGUAAUCCCAGAAAGCGAAGCGCGGGGAUACAAGACCCGCGUGGAAGAAUAUGUCAAGAAAAACCCACACACAAGAGCUUUCCCGGCUCAUGAUCCGCAGGUCUAUGAGCUGUACUGGUCCGAGUCACAGAUCAAAGCUCGCUCACACCCUUCCAUGCUUAAACUACAGAAGCAUCUUAUGUCAGACUUUUGGCACACAUCAUCUCCAAAUGCCCCCAUCUCUCUUGACAUACCGCUAUCCUAUGCUGAUAGGCUUCGUAUCCGCCAACCCGGCGAUGCAGCCUUUGCCCUUGGCCCUCACAUUGAUGGUGGAAGCGUCGAGCGCUGGGAUAAGGACGGAUACGGACGUGGCCAUGUCUAUGAUAGAGUGUUUGAAGGUAGAUGGGAGAAGUAUGAUGCCUGGGAUGCCUCCGGCAGAGUCGAUGCCGUCAACGACCUUCACAACGGCCUAGGAGCAUGCAGUGCUUUUAGAGCAUGGCAAGGCUGGGUCUCUAUGAGUAAAGUUGGACCAGAGGAGGGCACUCUGUUGACAUAUCCCUUGAUGCUAUCAACUGUGUACACACUUCUGAGGCCAUUCUUUAGACCUCUUGACACUACUAAAAAGGGGGAUGCGUUCUUGGAUGAGAAGAACUGGACAUUUACUGGCGAUGCUGAUAUGACUAGUGACCUCCAGGGGGCUUAUCCAGGACACGGACAAGAGCUCAAUGAUGAGCUUCAUCCUCACCUGGAGCUUUCAAGGACCAUGACGCAUGUGCCCGAGAUAAGCCCCGGGGCUUUUGUGGCAUGGCAUUGUGACACCAUCCAUGCCGUCGACAAGGUUCACAAGGGCCACUCCGAUUCGAGCGUUCUCUACAUCCCCGUAUGCCCAGUGACAGACCUCAACGCACAAUACCUGGUUAGACAACGCCAAGCCUUCUUGGAUGGCACACCAGGGCCUGACUUUCCAGGCGGCGAUGGUGAAUCAAAACAUAUCGGUCGUCCAACAGAGGAGAUGGUGCGGCGAUGGGUAAAUGCCGAGGGCCGGCAGGCAAUGGGCUUGGACAGGCUGAUUGCGAGUCCUUCAGCUUUGCCUGGAGCGAGACAGGUCGUGGAGAGGUUUAACGCGACUUUGGGGCUGAUUUGAAAGAGUUUAUUUUUAUGUAAUUUUUGGGUUUGGAUUGGUGCGAGGAUUUGUCUUUUGCGCAAGUGGCUUUGGGUCCCAUGGCAUAAGUUGGCCAGCUGUUUGAAAAUGAGUGGAGGAUGAGACUGUAUACUAUCUUGGAAGCAUUUGUAAUAUGAUUGAUGAAUGUGUCG